ACAAGGUAUAAAUUCUUUUAUAAAAUAAAAUCAAAAAACGUCGGAAAACCAUAUUUCGAAAAUUUAAAAAGCUACGGUUAUACGAAACUCGUAUAUAUAUUAUUUUUAAAUAAAAUAACCAAUAUUUUACCUACGGUUCCGAAAAAAUUUAACAUUGGCCACCGUUUCCAAAAACACUGGUAA